UUGUGCACUUGUCGAUUAUGUGGGAUCAUGUUCAUGUUUAAUUCACAACUUAUUCUUUAGUAAAAAAGAAACUAAUUAACUUAGCCUAUUUUAGUACAUACAUUUAUUCACUAUGAAUAGCGCACGUAGAGUCCCAAAACAUCUUGAGCCCGGUGCGGUUAAACUUUCUAUUUUUACGUCCAACGAUAUUAAAAAGCUAAGCGUUCAACGGAUAAUAACACCGCUAACAUUGGAUGCCAUGGGUCAUCCGGUACCAGGCGGUCUCUAUGAUAAAAUUUUGGGACCAUGUACGGACCGUGGGGAACCAUGUGGUACUUGCUAUGAAAAUAUUUUCACCUGCCCCGGUCAUUUUUCAUUUAUUGAAUUACCCAUUCCUGUGGUUAACCCAAUAUUUCACAAGGUAAUUGGAAUGGUUUUAAAGUUUUCAUGCCUAGAAUGCUUCAGGAUACAGCUUCAAGAUGACAACAGGAUAAGAGCACUUUCUGAAUCUAGUCAGGCACAUGAGAUUCAGCUGGAUUUUAUAAAAUUAGUCAUGGAGGAAGUGAAGACAGGAAGAUUCUGCAUUUUCUGCAAGAAACUAUUAAAGAGAAUACAAGUCUUGAAAAAUAGAAUCCUCUUAAUAACCAAGAAAGAAAAGUCAGAACCUGGGACUCCUUCUGCAGCGUUAAAAUCAUCAGAGUCACAAUUUAUUAACCCAAUGCAGUCCAAAAACUACCUGAGAAAAAUUUGGGAAAAUGAAUCGGAAAUUGUGAAAUUGAUGGCGCCAAUUUUAAACAGUAUUGAACUGGAACACCCUACCGAUGCAUUUUUUAUGGAAGCCAUUCCAGUUCCUCCACCCAAUGUAAGGCCACUGAAUGUUGUGCGCGGUAGAGGAAUUGAACAUUCUCAAACAAAUGCCUAUAAGAAUUUGGUGGCUAAUUCACUGGCCAUGAAUCACUUAAUAAGUGUUGUUCAAAAAAAAGGAGACGUUAAUGCUCUAGCUUCUAAAGAGGCCAAAGAUUAUUAUGCAUCCGCAAAAGGAAAUACUGCCAUAGAAAAGCUAAAUAACUGUUGGGAGGACCUACAAAACAAUAUCAAUGACCUGCUAAAUAAAGAGAGCGCCAACCUCAAAGACGGCAUCGGUCUCAAACAGAUUAUAGAGAAAAAAACGGGCAUAAUCAGACAACACAUGAUGGGAAAGCGUGUCAAUUUUGCCGCCCGUUCCGUAAUCACGCCCGAUCCGAACUUGGACAUCGGGGAGGUCGGCAUACCGGAAGUAUUCGCGAAAAAGUUGACGUAUCCCGUACCGGUAACGCCAUGGAACGUCGAAUAUUUGCGCACCCUUAUUUCGAACGGUCCCGACGUUUACCCCGGAGCAGUUGCUGUCGAAAUGGAAGACGGUCUACAGAGAAGGAUCAAUCCUGGCAAUCAAGCGCAACAAGAGAGCUUAUUAAAAGUGCUACUGACCCCCCACAGUCAAGGGAAACGAGGUUUUCAAGGUGUCAAAGUCGUACAUCGCCAUUUGCAGAACGGGGACAUACUGCUGUUGAACAGACAACCGACCCUGCACAAACCGUCAAUAAUGGCGCACCGAGCUCGAAUCUUGAAAGGGGAGAAAACUUUAAGGAUGCAUUAUGCUAAUUGCAAGGCUUACAAUGCCGAUUUCGAUGGCGACGAGAUGAACGCGCACCUUCCCCAAGACGAAGUGGCCAGAAGCGAGGGUUACAACAUAGCCGAAGUGGCGCAGCAAUACCUGGUUCCGAAAGACGGCACGCCACUGAGCGGUCUCAUUCAAGAUCACAUGAUCGCGGGCGUACGUCUAUCGCUUAGAGGAAGCUUUUUCAACAAGGCCGAUUACGAACAAUUAGUAUUCCAAGCCCUAUCGCACAAGGUCGACAGAAUUAAAACGCUUCCUCCGUAUAUCAUUAAACCGAUACCGUUGUGGUCGGGAAAGCAAGUGUUGUCAACCGUGAUCAUUAACGUGAUUCCCAAAGAUCAGGAACCCAUCAACCUAAACGCCACCUCCAAAAUACCAGCGAAAGCGUGGAAAACCUCCAAGCCGCGGGAGUGGGUAUGUGGAGGCACCCCUUUCAAAGACGAGAGGACCAUGAGCGAAGCGGAAGUCGUAAUCAGGCACGGGGAACUCCUCUCGGGAAUCCUGGACAAAACCCAUUACGGCGCCACCGCCUACGGCCUCGUGCAUUGCAUGUACGAGUUGUAUGGCGGAAGCUGCGCCCUUCAAUUGUUGAGUUCGUUCACCAAAGUUUUUACGAGGUUCCUGCAACAGGACGGAUUCACCCUGGGAGUGCGCGACAUCUUAACGACCCAGUCAGCUGAUAGGAAACGCAAGAAGUGCAUCCUUAACCUGAGACAAAUCGGACAGAGUGUAAUGGCGUCCGCGUUGGGGUUGCCAGAAGACACCCCCGUAGACGAUCUCGUGAGCGCCAGAGAUGCUAUGAUCGCCAACGAUUCCAAAUUUCAACAGGUUAUUGAUAGGCAGUACAAAAUGGCUCUCGACCAAUACACUAACCAAAUCAACAACGUCUGCUUGCCGGCCGGGUUGGUGACCAAAUUUCCUCAAAACAAUCUCCAGCUGAUGGUUCAGUCCGGCGCCAAAGGUUCGACGGUUAAUACUAUGCAAAUAUCGUGCCUGCUGGGUCAGAUCGAGUUGGAAGGCAAAAGACCGCCAGUUAUGAUUUCGGGAACUUCGAUGCCCAGCUUCCCGGCCACGGAGUUCGCGCCCCGUUCCGGUGGAUUCAUAGACGCCCGCUUCAUGACAGGCCUGCAGCCUCAGGAAUUUUUCUUUCACUGCAUGGCCGGAAGGGAAGGGCUGAUCGAUACCGCCGUCAAGACCAGCAGGAGCGGUUACCUGCAGAGGUGUCUCAUCAAGCAUUUAGAAGGCCUUCGCGUCGGGUACGAUUUGACCGUUAGGAAUAGCGAUCAAAGCGUGAUACAAUUUUUAUACGGCGAAGAUGGCAUGGAUAUAUCGAAAGCCCAAUUUUUGAACAAAAACCAGUUGCCUUUUUUAAAAGACAACGCCAAGUCUAUCGUAAAGAAGGACGUCGUGAAAAACCUAAAACGGGAAAUUGCUGGACAAGAGAUCGACAGUCAUAGGGAGAAAAUACGCGACUGGUUAAGAGACAAGGGCGGGGACGCUUUCAAACGUAAACGGAUAUCACCUUUUUCGUUAUUCGUGGAAGACCUGUACGAAAAAUCCGAGCACAAGAUGAAACUGCCCAAUUCCGAGUUGUAUAAAACGUGGCAAGCGUUCAAGCCUUACCUAAAACAGCGGCUCAGCGAGGCCUGUAAAAGCUGCCCCGAUCCUGUGACUUCGUUAUACCAGCCCGACCAUUAUUUUGGUUCUUUGAAUGAACACGUGGAACGGUUAGGAUACGAGUUUUCAAAAAAUGAGAGCAAAAAGGUUAGGAAGCAGUUCGAUGUCAUGUUAAAAGUCAAAUCGAUGCAAUCGUUAUGUCCACCUGGUGAGCCCGUAGGUUUACUGGCAGCUCAGUCGAUAGGUGAACCUUCUACGCAGAUGACGCUUAAUACGUUUCAUUUCGCUGGCAGAGGGGACAUGAACGUUACCCUCGGUAUACCCAGAUUGAGGGAAAUUUUAAUGAUGGCGUCGAAAAAUAUCAAAACGCCCUCGAUGGAGAUCCCGUUCUUGAACGUUUCGGAUGUGGAAGCGAAGGCGCAAGUUUUGAAAACAAAACUCACGCGCGUCGUUGUCGCCGACAUUUUGGAAGAUAUUCGCGUCAGCGUCCGGUUGGAGCUACUUCCCAGGAGGCAACAACAUUACACGCUCAGGUUUAAUUUCCUGCCCAAAGAAUGCUGCAAGGACUAUUACGCGCCUAUAGGCUUAGUAUUGAAGCAUAUGAAAAGCAGUUUCUUCCACGACAUGUUUCUGGCUAUCGAUAAGAUGUCAAAAAUCAAAUCGCGCCUAAUCACGUACGAGGAGCAGAAGGCGAAAUCGGCGAGGGCCAGAACCAAUGACGACGAUGACAUCGGCGAAACCACAAAUCAGCAGCGGGAUGAAAACAGUUCUGACGACGAAGUAGAAGACGAAGACGAUGCGAAAAUGUCGCAUAAACAAAGAGAGGCAAACGAAGAUCAAGAUCCUGAUGAUGAUGAUGAGAAAAGGGACGCAGAGAGUGGAGAUGAAGAUGUUGCAAAUGCUGACGAUUCACAAGCACAGGAAAAGAAUAAGGAAAAACAGGACGAUUAUGUACUGGGAAAGUACAUAUUCGCCAAUAAAUAUUCCCAAAAUAAAAAAGGUAGGUGGUGCGAACUGUCUUUCGCUUUGCCGCUGAGAUACAAAAGGUGCGAUUUGACGAAUUUGCUAAAAGAUGUCGCCGCGAAAUCGGUGCUGUGGCAAACGCCCCACAUUAAACGUGCCAUCACUUACGUAAAGGACGGAGCGCUAACCCUUCGCACGGACGGUAUUAAUAUUGUCGAGAUGUUUAAAUACCAUGACCUGCUCGACUUGAACAAGCUAUAUUGUAAUGACAUUCAUAAAAUGGCGGAAACCUACGGAAUCGAAGCUGCAUCCAAAAUCCUGGUGAAAGAAGUAAAGGACGUUUUCAAUGUUUACGGCAUAAAGGUCGAUGCUAGACAUUUGUCGCUUAUAGCCGAUUAUAUGACGUUCACGGGACAUUACGAACCGAUGAGCAGAAAGGGUAUAGAAAAGAGCGCUUCGCCUCUACAGCAGAUGUCGUUUGAGUCGUCAUUGGCAUUUCUUAAAGAAGCAAUAAUUAAAGCUAAACAAGAUGAUUUAAGCAAUCCCUCCAGUAGUCUUAUAAUAGGAAAGCCUUGCGAAAUCGGUACGGGGAGUUUCCAUUUGUUGUCGACUUUGCCCAAGUAAUAUUAAAUCUAUUUUUAUACUAAGGUCCUAAUAAAUGAUC